GAUGGAACAUACAGGAAGGAAAGAACUUAUAGAAUCUUGUUUUAGAGACUGCGUUGGUGGUGAUGUACUCCUUCUACAAUGCAUGGGAUUAUACUCAAUGGGUAAUAUUUUUAGAGAUGAUAGACCACGGUGGUACUAUUGGGAAGUUAUACCAUACAGUAUUGGACUGGCAACAAUAACAUUUGCUCUUAUAUUCGACACACGUAAUGUGUACGAAACUGCUCAAGUUAAUUUGACGUUAUCCAUCGAGGUGGCUGCAGCUGUAUUUACAGUUUCUUUAGCUGUAUUCAAAGGAUAUCGUAUAUUCUUACGUCGAAAGGAGCUUUACGACAUAUUGGAAGUUUGCCACCAGCGAUGGAUUAUCCAAACAUCACGGAAUGCUAUAACAGAGAGUGCCAUCGAAAAUGCUAAGAAUGCACGGCUGCUCCGGAUAUGUUAUGCCCUAGCUAUUAUUGGAACUGCUGGAUCUUACAGCUUGCGUCCUUAUAUAUUGUACCUCAAAUUUUGGGUUUCUGAGACGAAUGAUUCUUUCGAUUUUUCGCAAACCGUCUAUCCGGCUCAUUAUCCUUUCAUAUUAAAUUCAUUUACGCCGUAUUUUUUGUGUACCGUGUGGGAGCAUAUGGGCUCAUAUUUUUUAGCUCUCUGGUGGAUAUCAGCGGACUGCCUUUUUACUCAAUUCUCCACAUAUUUUGCAAUUGAAUUCAAUAUACUUGCAAAUGAUAUUCGUCGCAUAGAUUUAACUACCAGGUCUACCAGUCCGACUAAUACGGUGAUAAUCGUGAAAGAAUUGAAGAGAAUUAUACGCGAGCAUGUUAAAUUAUUUUCAUAUGUUCAUGCGAUGGAAGACUGGUAUAAUCCAAUAAUUUUUGCUACUAUAUUACUCAAUGGACUGAACUUGUGCAGCCUCCUUUACAGUCUGCAAUAUACAAUCGCAGCAAAUAAUUGGAAAGAUGUCAUUAAAAAUACGAGUCAUGUAACUGCUAUAAUUAUGCAGACUAUUCUCUUUUGUUCAUAUGCUCAGUAUCUGAGUGAUGAGAUCAAUGGAUUCCGCCAAGCAGUUUAUGAAUGUUCAUGGACAAACUUCAAUCUACCAACACAGGCCAUUAUUUUAGUUAUAAUGAUCCACACAGAACGUGAUUACACGUUUUCAGCGUACGGAUUGUUUAAUUUAAAUAUGGGUCAAGUCACUACAAUAUUCAACACUGCAAUGAGAUUUUUGGCAAUGUUACGAAAUCUCACCUAAGUAACAUGUAUGAGCUUUUUUAGAAAAAUUUUGCUAGUAAUAUAUAUCUUUGUAGUCGAUAAUCCAAUAAACAAAUUGGUUGGGGUAAA